UUGCGGGCAGAGCAGUGCGCCUCAACUAUCCACCGGUUUAGCUAAUAUUUGUGAAGCUAACGUGUGUUUUUCCGGCUCUUUUUCGGUUUUUAGGGGUUUAUAAAGAUGAGAUUAGAGUGUGUUUUCGCGGCUCUCUGCCUCGGAGUGGGAGUCAUGGCUGGAAAAUACUCUCGGGAGGUGAACGAGGCCAAACCGAGCGGCAGUGAUGGGCAGCCGGUGGAGUUCAGGAUAGCUAAACUGAACCAGGUGUGGGAGAAAGCCAAGAGGAUGCAGUUGUCCCCGGUGCGGCAGGCGGAGCUGCACAGCGACCUGAAGAUCCAGGAGAAAGAUGAGCUGCAGUGGAAGAAAAUGAAGGUAGAAGGCCUGGAUGAGAAUGGAGAGAAAGAGGCACAACUCAGGCGCAACUUCAACGUGAUCCUGGCAAAGUACGGGAUGGACGGAAAGAGAGACACGAGGCCACGGGAGAGCAACUCGCUGAAAGACCACGACAUCAAAGAGGGAGACGUGUUCGACGACCCCAGACUGGACAAACUCUGGAACAAGGCCAAGAACUCCGGAAAGUUCUCCACCGAGGAGCUGCUGAAUCUGAAGAGGGAGUUCCAGCACCACAAGGACAAGAUCCACGAGUACAACAUCCUCAUGGACACCGUGAGCAGGACGGAGGAAAUCCACAAGAACGUGAUCUCCGACCUGGAGGGAGACGCCAAGGAGCACCUGCUGCAGCAGAAGCACACGGAGCUGAAGGACAAGAUGAGAGGCCUGAACCAGGGCUUCGAGCGCCUGCGGAAGAUCAGCCACGAGGGCUUCACCGACGACAGCGAGUUCCGAGAGCCCCGCGUGAUCGAGCUGUGGGAGGCCGCCAAGCGAUCCAACCUGAGCCGAGACGAGCUGGACUCUCUGAAGGAGGAGCUGCGUCACUUCGAGACCAAAGUGGAGAAGCACAGCCACUACCAGGAGCAGCUGGAGCUGUCCCACCAGAAGCUGCAGCACGUGGAGAGUCUGGGCGACAAGGAGCACAUCCGGAGGACGCAGGAGAAGUACGACAACCUGGCCGAGAAGACCAGGGACAUGGGGUACAAGAUGAAGAAACACAUGCAGGAUUUGGCCAACAAGAUUUCUCGCCAGGGUCUCCAACACAACGAGCUCUGAGAGGGGAACGUUCAGCGAGCUCACACACACACACACACACACCCCUUCAUUCCCUUUUAGCUCCUGUAAAGAAAUCCGUGUUUCCAUUGAAGAUUUUUUACUGUUUUUUUAGAUACAAAUUGAAUGAAUGAAAUUUGUGUUGAUUGUAAAUACUAUGCAGAUGACGUUUUGUUGUGAAUCAGCUGUUGUGGUUGAAAGAAAUGGAUCAGUUUAGUGUGAAACUCUAUAGUGACAAAAUAAAACUAUAGAUUACGAUAUUGUAUUGCUUCUUUUCUUUGUCAAAAUUAGUGGAAUUGACUGUUUAAAAUUUGGCCUUCCAUUAAGUUCCUCUUGUUUGAAAAUUUUAAGAACUUUCUUUUUUUUACCGAUUUCCAAUAGAAAACUGUCUUAUUCCCGAACUCGUUUGUCUGAUCAAUACUCCGAGAGCGGGGAAGAGAAGCUCAGAAACAUUAAACCAGCAAUCUUUAUUUCGAUACAAGUGCCAACGAUACAAACUGACGUUUAAAAAAUAUAGUUUCAUAUAAUUCUGACCGUCUCAGCAUAAAUAAGUUAAUAUUUACAUAUAUCGUAGAGGAAGAACGUUUCCGUGGGGAAAUGACUUCUCCUCCUCUUCCUGAUGGAAAACUGAAGCUAUAAAAAAAAAAAAAUACACUCACAUCAAAUGUUGGCCGAUUUGUCCUGAUGAGAUCUAAAGAGGAGGCGAGAGAUUGGAGCAGGCGGCGCUCAUCACUUCCUGUCCGCUCGCACAGCCUCUCAUUAAAGAGAUGGAUGUCGUUACGGGCUGGCUCGGGAACACGCGCGUCUGAAAUAACGUCGCCUUCAGUCAAGAUUUGACUCUCAGACGCUUCUUACUGACGAAGCUUCGCACUUCACGCCUGAUUGGAGUGGAAGCAGGUUGUGAAAGAAUCAUUUCAAACGGAGCGCACGAAAAUACAGGUGCAGCCCGAAAAAUGACACGGAACUCAAUGGAGGUGAACUGAUUUACACAGAAAUGAGUUCUAAAUAUUAGAAGCAUCUCAUUUUACAAACUCUUAACACUUAGAUACUGAAUUUUUCAGUCUUGUGAGCUAAAUUCAUGAUCUAAAAUGGAUUUUCGUAGUUUGAAUUAAACUAUUUUUGCAUUGAGAUGCACCUUUUAUGCCCAGUCGGAAUAAAGUA